UGUUCGACAGAGCGUAUCUCCCUAAAACCGGCAAAUGUAUUCAUCGCAUAUUUUUCAACGGCUUACCAUAACACGAUCACGCGUUGUUAACAUAUCGUAUUUAUACUUAGUGACACAGUUUUUAUAUAUUUAUUAUUAAAUUAAAUAAUGAAAGAAAUAGCGAGUGCAAGAGUUUUGUUUGGUUGUUUUAACACCAUAUUCUUUGGUUGUGGGUUUUUGAAAGUGGUCUGUGGAUUCCUACUUCUGAGUGAUUCUCGAAGGAUUCUUCUAUCUCGAUUGCUUGCGAUGCCAGAGGACGGACUGUAUGAACCUCCGUUCUACUACGUCGCUCUCGCGCUCCUGGGAGCUGGACUUAUUGUCUGCACUGUAGCAGCUAUAGGUGUUUGGGCCACUUACUUGCCUGGAUACAUUAUUUUAACCUUCUACUUCCUGAUAGUGCUCGGCUUGCUACUCUGCGAAUGCGCAGCGGGUGUGUUGGCGGCAAUAUGGUUGCGGUGUUACGGCAUCCAGGCCACCCGCGGCGGAGCGGUCGGCGCUCUACAGAGCUACUACGCAGUACCUGACUUUGAACAUUUCACAGCGGCAUUGGAUUUAGCGCAGACUGAGUUGCAAUGCUGCGGCAUGACAAGUGCACGCAACUACGACAUGUCAUUGUGGCAGCUGCGACGUCUCGGCCCGCGCGGCAUGUCUGUACCGCUCAGCUGUUGCGUGCAGACCGAACACGUCUCCUAUCUCAACCCCGCGCCGGUAAACCAAUCACGCUGCCAGGAGGUGCAGCCCAUUCCGCAAUUCAGACAUGUGCAUGGUUGCCAAACAAAACUGGAAGACUGGUACCAGGAGCAAUAUUUCGUAUUUAUGUUAGCAUUGUUUGUAGUAGCCGUCUUCAAACUCGCCAUAUUAUUAAGUACUGUGUUUUCAUGUAUUCGACUAAAAAAAAGCAAGCAGGAGAAGCAUUUCUUUACGUUAAAAAGUAUGCAGAAUAAAUCGAAUGAAAAUAUUUACGAACGCAAUGUAAGCUUACACGAUGAACCGAUAACAGCUAAAUAUGUUCAACCAAAUAAUUUUUACAGUCCCCGUGUACGCAAUCCGAGGAUCUUCAACAAGCCCAAUGAGAUGGUAUGAGAAUUAGCCGCGGAGAUAAAUGCUUUAGAGAGGAAGUUAGAGACGUUCUCAGAUAUUCUGUAUAAACACCAAGCCGACUCUAUUAUGUGGUGAUAAAUUUUUAAUCUUUCACGCAAUCAAAUGCUUUAUAAAAGCCUAAAUUAGUAAUUCUUAUUUUUUCAUAUGUUAUUACGAAAUAGUUUCGCCAUAUCCGUCUGUCCUUCGUUCAGUAUAAUAGUUAUAAUUUACGAGCUAUAUGCUUGAAAUAAUUAUUCAAGUUAUCGUGCUUUUUGAAUCUUGAAAAAAAUUUAAAACUUCAUUUUAUAGAUGAUUAGAUAAAUGUACUAAUUUAAAAUAAAAAAAAGCAAUUAAAUCUUCGGUAAUUGUGCCCUAGAUAUGGACUUGCUCAACAAUCAAUACUCUAAUUAUUAUUAUGUACAUAACUCAACUAAAUCGGAAGUGCCAUAACUAUGUACAAAAUAUUUAGGACAAAAGCUAUAAAAUCGAUCAACUAACUUCUAUCACUGACAUUCUACACCUCGUAUUGUAGAUUUCGCCAUCUCUAAAGUUUUAUCUCCGUUUAUUUAUAAGGAUUUGUAUUAUAAGUAAAAGACUGUACCUAGAUUGUAAGAUGUUAUGAAAAUAAGUGUAUAAAAUGAAAAU